GGAUUAAAAUGAAAUGCUAAAAUACGUGAAUUAUGCAGAGUCGCACACGACACCUUCAUUAAGACACCCCAUCUCAAUUUUCAACAAACUAACUCAUUUAUCGUCACUCUCAUAUCAUUCAAUUGAAGCUGCAUUUCUAAUCUUUGAUCGAGUAAAAUGAAGGGUAAAACCACCAUUGAAGUUGGUUCUGAUGGUGUUGCUGUCAUCACCAUCAUCAAUCCUCCCGUCAAUUCUCUUUCUCUUGAUGUGUUGCAAAGCCUGAAACAAAAUUUUGAUGAGGCAUUAAGAAGAAAUGAUGUCAAGGCGAUUGUAGUUACAGGUGCCAAGGGAAAGUUUUCUGGUGGUUUUGAUAUUACUGCUUUCGGUGGAAUUCAAGAGGGAAAGACUGCAUCACCUAAGCGUGGCUUUGUGGCAGUGGAGGUCCUUACAGACACGGUUGAAGCUGCAAGAAAACCUUCGGUUGCUGCUAUUGAUGGAUUAGCAUUAGGUGGAGGUUUAGAAGUUGCAAUGGCUUGUCAUGCACGAAUAUCUACUUCCAAUGCACAAUUGGGUUUGCCUGAACUUCAGCUUGGAAUAAUUCCUGGAUUUGGAGGAACCCAACGUCUUCCACGGCUUGUUGGAUUAACCAAAGCUCUUGAAAUGAUGCUGAUGUCUAAGCCAAUUAAAGGUUUAGAAGCCCAUAAGUGUGGACUUGUCGAUGCAAUUGUCCCAGAAAACGAACUGCUCAGUACUGCUCGUCGCUGGGCCUUGGAAAUCUUGGAGCGUAGAAAACCGUGGGUUUCAAGUCUGUAUAAGACGGACAAGUUGGAGUCACUUGGAGAGGCAAGAGAAAUAUUGAAGUUUGCGAGGGAACAGGCUCGAAAGCAAGCUCCAAACCUCAAGCACCCACUGGUUUGCAUAGAUGUUAUUGAAGAAGGAAUAGCUUCUGGACCUCGGGCGGGCUUGUGGAAGGAGGCUGAUGCAUUUGAAGAACUUCUUCGUUCGGAUACUUGCAAGAGCUUGGUCCACAUCUUUUUUGCUCAACGUGGAACAUCAAAGGUCCCUGGUGUUACUGACUUGGGUCUAUCACCAAGAAAGAUAAGGAAAGUUGCUAUUCUUGGUGGAGGAUUGAUGGGAUCUGGAAUAGCUACUGCAUUGAUUCUCAGUAACUAUCUUGUUAUUUUAAAGGAAGUGAACCAGAAAUUUCUAGAAGCGGGUAUUGGAAGGGUGAAAGCCAAUUUACAAAGUCGUGUCAAGAAAGGAAAAAUGAGCGAGGACAAGUUUGAAAAGACUAUGUCUCUACUCCAAGGAGCGCUCGACUAUUCUAGCUUUAAAGAUGUGGAUAUGGUCAUCGAAGCUGUCAUUGAGAAUGUUUCCUUGAAGCAACAAAUAUUUUCAGAUCUGGAAAAGUACUGUUCUCCGCAUUGCAUACUUGCGAGUAACACCUCUACCAUUGAUCUGAACCUUAUUGGUGAGAAGACUCAUUCUCAAGAUCGAAUUGUUGGAGCCCAUUUCUUUAGCCCCGCUCAAAUUAUGCCCCUUUUGGAGAUUGUACGAACCCAAAAGACAUCCCCCCAAGUAAUCGUUGACGUGCUAGAUCUUGGAAAAAAGAUAAAGAAGACACCAGUUAUUGUUGGGAACUGUACGGGGUUUGCUGUUAAUAGAAUGUUUUUCCCUUAUACACAAGCAGCUAUGCUGCUUGUUGAGCAUGGAACAGAUUUAUAUAAGAUUGAUAAAGCCAUCACAAAAUUUGGAAUGCCAAUGGGUCCAUUCAGAUUGAUUGACCUUGUUGGUUUUGGAGUAGGCAUUGCAACUGCAAUGCAGUAUAUUGAACAUUUCCCUGACAGAACCUAUAAAUCUAUGAUCAUCCCCCUUAUGCAAGAAGAUAAAAGAGCAGGUGAAUCAACUCGCAAAGGGUUUUAUUUGUAUGAUGAUAGACGUAAGGCAAACCCAGAUCCUGAAGUAAGGAAAUAUAUUGAGAAAGCUAGAGAAAUUUCUGGGAUCGGCAUUGACCCUAAGGUAGCAAAUUUAUCCGAGAAGGACAUAGUUGAGAUGAUCUUUUUCCCAGUGGUCAAUGAGGCUUGCCGAGUUCUGGCAGAAGGAAUUGCUGUUAAGGCGUCAGAUCUUGAUAUUGCUGGUGUCAUGGGAAUGGGAUUCCCUCCAUAUAGAGGAGGGAUUUUGUUCUGGGCUGACUUGCUGGGAUCAAAGUAUAUCUAUUCAAGGCUGGAGAAAUGGUCCAAACAAUUUGGAGGGUUCUUUAAGCCUUGUGCCUACAUGGCUGAGAAGGCCUCCAAAGGGGCUCCUCUGAGUUCUGGACCAAUGGGCAAGGCAAAAUCGCGACUGUAAGGGCAGACGAGGCUGAUUCGAUAAUCUUCCGUUUAGUUUUUACUGCUAUCUACACUAUAGGUGUCUAGGUUGUUUGAAACACUAGCAAAGACCUGGCAAUGGCUUCACAGCUGUGAGGCUAACUGUUGUAUUAAUAUGAAAACUGUUGUCUGUUGUCACUUGUAUAAGCUUUCACUAUUUAGGGGUUAUGUUUAUUUUUGCAAUAAAAUGGCAUCCUAAGUGACAUAACCUUUGAUUAAAAAAGUGUACAUUGUUGUCGCUAAA